AUUGGUCCAGAUCGGGCCUAAAUCUUACCACCCCUUGGUUGACAAGGGCAGGGUCGAGGCCGACCCGGUUACUCCGCCUUCCCAGGCGAAGAUUGGCCCGCGACAGGACCCGUCGUUCGCGGUUGUGUCUGGGAAGGAGAGAAAAUGGCGGUGGAGCCGAGCAAGACCGAAAUCCAGACACUUUUUAAGAGGCUUCGCGCGAUUCCAACCAACAAGGCCUGCUUCGAUUGCGGCGCCAAGAAUCCGAGUUGGGCUAGCAUCCCGUACGGUGUUUUCUUGUGUAUUGACUGUUCCGGGGUUCACCGCUCAUUGGGCGUCCAUGUCAGCUUCAUCAGGUCCACAGAGUUGGAUUCCAACUGGAACUGGUUCCAGCUGAGGUGUAUGCAGGUCGGCGGGAAUGCCAAUGCGACGGCUUUUUUCCGCCAACAUGGAUGCACAGCCAGCGAUGCCAACACCAAGUAUAACAGCCGAGCUGCUCAGAUGUACCGGGAGAAGAUCAGGCAGAUGGGGAGUGUGGCCCUGGCUAGGCAUGGCACUGAUCUUUGGAUAGACAAUAUGAGCAGUGCUCCCAGUCACUCCCCAGAGAAAAAGGACUCUGAUUUCUUCACAGAACACACUCAGCCCCCUGUCUGGGAUGCACAAGCCACUGAGCCUUCAGAGACCCAGCAGCCAGUCCCGCCUGCAGAGAGCAGUGGCCUGGCACAACUGGAGCAUGGCCCCAACGCAGACCUGUUGGCCACCUCACCCAAAGCCUCUCUGGAACUGAAAACCUCCAUCAUUGGCAAGAAGAAGCCAGCAGCAGCUAAGAAAGGGCUGGGUGCUAAGAAAGGCCUUGGGGCCCAGAAGGUGAGCAGCCAGAGCUUCAGUGAGAUUGAGCGGCAGGCCCAGGUGGCGGAGAAGCUCCGGGAGCAGCAGGCAGCUGAUGCCAAGAAGCAGGCCGAGGAGUCCAUGGUUGCCUCCAUGCGUCUUGCCUACCAGGAACUCCAGAUUGAUCGUAAGAAAGAGGAGAAGAAGCUACAGAAUCUGGAGGGGAAGAAACGAGAGCAGGCAGAGAGACUGGGCAUGGGCUUGGUGUCCCGAAGCUCUGUCUCCCACUCAGCGCUGUCUGAAAUGCAGGUGAUUGAGCAGGAGACCCCAGCGAGUGUAAGAUCCUCCCGCUCGCAGCUGGACUUGUUUGAUGACGUUGGUACUUUUGCCUCUGGACCCCCAAAGUACAAGGACAACCCUUUCUCCUUGGGGGAAAGUUUUGGUUCCCGCUGGGACACAGAUGCUACCUGGGGAAUGGACAGGGUGGAGGAGAAGGAGCCAGAAGUGACCAUCUCAAGCAUCCGGCCUAUUUCAGAAAGAGCCACAAACCGGAGGGAAAUAGAGAGCCGGAGCUCAGGCCUUGAGUCCAGUGAAGCACGUCAGAAAUUUGCAGGAGCCAAAGCCAUUUCAUCUGACAUGUUCUUUGGGCGGGAGAUGGAUUCGGAGUACGAAGCAAGGUCUCGGCUCCAGCAGCUCUCAGGCAGCAGCGCCAUCAGCUCUUCAGACCUCUUUGGGGAGGUGGAUGGAGCUCAUGGAGCAGGUAGUGUAUCUCUAGGGAAUGUGCUCCCUACAGCUGACAUUGCCCAGUUUAAGCAGGGUGUCAAGUCUGUGGCUGGGAAGAUGGCUGUGCUGGCCAAUGGUGUGAUGAAUUCUUUACAGGAUCGCUACGGUUCCUACUGAUGUAAGCUCCACGGCUCAGGCAUAUGUUGGUGACAGCAAGAACCCCAUGAUUCUCAGUCCAGGGAGGCUUGCCUGGUAGAAGCUGGGAGGAUUUGUUACCUUCUAUGUGUGGUGUGUGAGUGGGGUGGCCUUGGAGGAUCUCGGGUGAGGGGAAUGGUCAGUGCCAGCCUUGUCCUCUGCCUGUGGACCGAGCCCUUUGUUCUCCUCCCGUCACAUCCUCUCCCCUGUGUGCUCGAUUAUUGUCCUUCUAAUCCCACCCCCAAAGCUGCUGCUCACUUUCCAGCCACACUGGGAGUAAAGGGGAGAGGGUUCCCUCGGGAUGGCUUAUUCUGGGUCCAGCCCUUCCUCAAGUGGAGAAAAUGAAAAGUAUGAGGCUUUUGGCUGGCUCUAGGAUCCUUCUUGGUAGUCUGGAGGCUUGGGGGCUUGGGCCUCAGUCCUCUGGAGCCAGUGGGGGAGACCUAGAAAAUUCUGCCAUCGGCCAGCCCCUGGGGGAGAGAUGCUGGAUUUGCUGCUGCCACCAGUGGCCUCUGAGUACUAGGAGAAGGCAGGCGGGAGGGGAAGGACCUUGGUCUGGGUCUUACUAAGGGCUAGAAACUUUACCUGGUGCCUAAAGGUUUUAUUUGGGAUUAGGGUGGAGGCCCGAGUGCUUUUCUCCUGUCUCACCACCCCUUUUACAGUCAUCACUUGGAUGUCAGGGGGAGGAUUGCUUCUCCUGGGUGUCUUGGAGUCCUUCCAUACCAUCUGCUCUGGACCACAGGACCCUCUGUCCCCUCCUGAGAUGUUUCUCUGCCCCUUUCUCCCCUGGUCGGUGACUGUGGACACUGUGGGCGUAGUGCUGACCAAGGAAGCAGAGGCUGUGAGGGACAGAAGCAGGCUCCUGGGCUCACCUUUCUUCCUCUGCACCAUCCUGGGCUCAGGGGCCUGGACAGAACCCCACCAGUGAGAGCUGGAGGGGCCUAGGGCUGCAGGCCUCUCCCUCUAGCAGCUGGGCCAUGCACUGUGUCAUCCUUGGUGCCAUCUUCCCCUGCCAUGCUGGCAGUUUGGGUCCAAGCCCCCUUUGAGUUGUGGGUUGGGCACCCAAGCAACAGACCAUUUUUCUUCCCUACCCUCCUCCCCCAAAGGGACAUGACUUUUCUUUCUGGACUGUUUGUAUUGCAACAAAGUGUGUCAAAAUAAAGCCCCCACGGGGCCCUGGGCCCGUGCUGGUCUGAACUGAA